AUCAUUGAUCUGCAAAUGAAAUCGUAACAACAAUCCACAUUCAUCUCAUGGCAUUAUUCCAAACUGAAAAAUUCUUUAAAAAAAUAAUUAGCAUUUUAUCUCAUUCUAUUACGCAAAGUUUAUCAUUACAAUCUUUACAAUAAUGAGAAAUAGUCUUAUUCAAAAAUUAUUGCAGCAAUGUUACUCAACAAAUUUCAUCAGACAUAACCUCCAAGCGGUCAGAAUCUUCAAAGAGAAGGAAUCUCCGGAUGCAAGGCAAGUGUAUCAACUUGGUGGUAAAGAAAAUCAACCGAAGUUUGUGAUCAAGUAAUAUCACCCGACAUGACGUCUCGCUUCGAGAAGGAGCGUGCGAAGCAGAUUCAGGAUAAAUGUCAGGAUCUCCUGACGCAAAUGUUAAGGGAUGAGGACAAUAAGUACUGUGUCGACUGCGAUGCCAAAGGGCCAAGAUGGGCGAGCUGGAACCUGGGGAUAUUUCUCUGUAUCCGUUGUGCAGGGAUCCACAGAAAUUUGGGCGUUCACAUCAGCAAAGUCAAAUCUGUUAAUCUAGACACUUGGACACCGGAGCAAGUUGUGAGUCUCCAACAAAUGGGAAAUUCCCGAGCCCGUGCUGUGUACGAAGCCAACCUCCCUGACACAUUUCGCCGUCCCCAGACAGAUUGCAGCCUUGAGAGUUUCAUUCGUGCCAAAUAUGAGCAUAAAAAGUACAUAGCCCGAGAGUGGGUGCCUCCAACCCUUCCUAAAGUCAAUUGGGAUAAGGAGCUUGAUGAGGAGGCAGAGAGACAGCGCAGACGAAAGAAGGAAGGUAAUAAAUCCAGUAACAUCCAGAGCACUCUCCCACCAGUGAAAAAGCCUGAAGUAGUUCCCCAACUGCCAAAGCCCCGCAGUUCAGUGAGUCCAAAGCCAUCGAGAGCUACCAACAAUGGUGGGGCUACCCUGGACCUCCUGGGGUUGGAUGGACCCACGAAUCAGACAAGCACAAAUGGCUCUGGCUCUGGGGACGACAUAUUCUCCUCUUUUCUCUCAGCUGCACCCACAGCAUCAUCCGCACCAACAUCAACCUCAACGAAUAUCACCACCGAAUCAUCGACUGCUAGUAAAGCUGAUGAGGAUAGUUUCUUCAAUCAACCAGCGCCCACCACUCAGGAAAAAAGUAAAAUGACUAAAGACAGUAUUCUCGCACUUUAUGGGACACCGAGUCAGCAGUCAGUAUUUGGUGUUGCAAGUGGUAUUUUCAAUCAACAGGCAAUACCUCAGUACACACAACCUUUACAAAAUGUGGGAAAUUUUGGACAGAUUAAUCAUGUCCCUGGACAAAUGCAGAUUAAUAGCAGUCAGAUGAAUGUUAAUGGCAUUGGGAUUAAUCCUCUUGGAGGAAGCCUGCAGAUGGGGGGUAUCAAUCAGAUCAAUGGCAUUGGAAAUCAUGGAAAUCAUGGAGUUGGCAUGCAGACACAAACGAGUGUUGUGACACCUGUAGGAGCGCAGAUGAUGCAGAUAGGACAGCCUCCAGCAUCCACCAAUAAUGGUUGGAAUGGAAUGCUUGCUCAGAAUAUUCAACCCGCGCCAGGGAGCAAUCCCUUCUUUAAUUUAGCUGCUCAGGCUCCAGUCAGCAAUGCCUUUAUGACGCAGUUGCCCCAGCAGAUGUCUCAAAUGUCCUUGGGGGGACUGGGGAAACCAGCACCUGCUGCACUUCCUGGUCAAACGUUGUCGAGCAAUUUGUGGCAGUAACGACGUGUAUGACUGGUAGCUAGAUAUUGAUUAUUUUUUUCACCUUUACGCCCAUUCGAUCUUAUCUGUGUUAAAGGUGAAGAGAAAGAUGAUGAAUUAUCAAUUGUGUGUCCGGUUCAUUGAAAUUGUCAGGUGCGCACUGUUCUGCUCGUGAAAGUCGUCUUGACCCGUCACCUUUUAAUCAAAAAAUUAUCCUUCGUUGAACGAGAAUUGUGGAAAGACAUGUUCAGGAACGAACUUCCAUAUAUUUGUGAAUUGUAAAAUAAAAAUUAUGAAGAUUAGUUUAGUGGUGAAGCGAUAAAAUGUGAUCUCACAGGGGAGACAAGGAAUUUUUCACUUUAAUUAAUCCUGACGUAUCUCCGUGAUGAGGGGUUCUAGAGAGAAAAAUAUGGCCUUCUAAUUUUUCUCCUAAACUCAUUCAUUCUCGAGUUCGCUGCAAAAUCAAAAAAAAAUUCAUCUUUGUAUUUUGUAUCAGUUGACAACUAAAUUAAUUCCUAUUUCUACAGAUUACUCUGCUAAUGCCUCCAAAAUUAUGACGUUUGAUUGGGAGGGGUUUUAUUUAUGGACAGGAAAUUUCUCGUGAAAUAUUUUUUACGAAUUUCUCCGGUUCUCGCCUGCGUAGAUAUUUGCAAAAUAAUCUGCAGGUUUCUUUUAGAACUGUCUGAUUUUUCUAUUUACCCACUGAAAUUCAUGUUGUAAACAUAAACAAUUCGUACGUGAUGAAUAUUUUGUCAGAACUGAAUAAAAAGAAUUCAAAUUGAUGGGAAAAUAAUGUCAUCUCAUGAUAUUAUCCACAACACAAUCACCAUUAUAUUUGACAAUUGUAAAUACUAUAAUCUUAUAGAUAACAAUUGCAAUGCAUAUUUUAUUACUUGCAAAGGAAAAAAAUGAGAAAUAAAAUUACCGUGUCAAGAUAAUUCGCCUUAUUGCAGAUGAAGAGAAUUAUUAUUGAAAACAGUUAUUAUUGUUCUAAUAUCGAAAGUAUUCGAUUUGCUCGAAAUAUUUUACCUGAGGAUGUCAGGGGUAUUCCAUGGACUGUUAAAAAAUUUAAUUUAUUUACUGGUAGAGAACAAUAUAAAAGUCAUUUCAAUGCGAUCUAUUCUUGAAAAACAACGAGAUUAAUUCCCCAAUAUUUCGAAAAUUUGUUCGGUUUGUAUAGAUAUCACUUGAACUUGACUGAAGCCAAUUGAUCCGAGGAAAAUUACUUGGCAAUGAUCUCUGGCAAGUUUAACAUUAAUACUCUUUCAUGUGCUUCAGCAAUAAAUUGUCGAGUUGGAAAUCGUGCGCUAUGUGUAACUCUGUUGGAAGCUGUGGUUGUUCUGUUUUGGAAAUUGAACCCAUUUUUGUUUGACGGAUACUCCUUGGGAUAAUCCAUGGAACCAUUAAAAAAACAUCACAAAGAUUGACGGAACAUGAAGUGAUUAAGCACGUUAUCAAGUAGAAUUUUUAUUAACUAAUUAUCUCGGAGGUGAAGAGUCGUCAGAGAAAAAAUGUCGAGAAAGUUCUUCAAGUUAUUUCGUGAUGUGUAGGAGCUCAUUAUGAAGAUUAUUAAAUACCACAAUUAAUAGAACUGGUAAAUCACUUCCCGUCUCCACGCGAAGAAAUUAAUUUCGUAACCGUCCAAUGAAAUUUUUUAUUUUAAACAUACGCAACUCGACAAUAAGUCUUACUCUCCUCCUGAAUUAUCGACUUGUUCUACUGGGACGCCUAAUUGUUAAAAAUCGUAAAUAAUUAAAGUAUUGUAAUCGGCCUGUUGUUAGUGCCGGAGUUUAAAUAAAGAUCAUGUUUUGAUCGCAGAGUACGUAAUUAUUGUCUGUCAAUCGAAAACUAGUCUCGACCGUUGCGGCAAUUGGAACUUAUUCUCUCUCCCACUAUUGAUCCCAAUUGUCGCUGGAAGUUGAUUGAUCGGUCGUAGAGGACGAUUGAUGGAUGUAGAGGAGUCUAUUGACUUUAAUUUUUAAUGAAAGGUAAUGGGUGAAUCUAUGUGGAUGAGUGAGAGUGUGCAUUGGAGGGAGAAAAAUAUUGGAAAAUUAUUGGUUCAGAAAAAAGCUCUUGGAGAUACAUCAUCUCGAAAAUUUCAAACGGAUUAUUUUGCGAAUUCAUUAAUGAAUGGCGUCAAUGAUUUCAAUAAAAAAAAUCUGUUUCAAACGAUUCUUAUCGUAAUGGACAUGGAAUUUUUUUAAUUUGUCUCCUAUUCUUCGUUACGUCACUGUGAAUGAAGGGAAUUAUUCCCAUAAUUUGAAUAAUUGGAAUUUCUAAAGUCGGGAUCGAAUCGAAUCGAAUCGAAUUGAAUCGAAUCGAAUCGAAUCGAAUCAAAUCGAGUCGAAUCGAAUAAAAUCGAAUCGAAAGUAAAUGAAAAUUUUAAAGUUGUCGUUUUUUACUGAUGAACGACUGGCAAUUAAAUUGUUUACCGAUUAUGAACGAAAUGUUAGAUAAAUGAAAUUGUCGUAAUUACAAUUGUAUUAAUCUUUAGUCAUACAAGAAAACGAACUUAAGUACCAUUGGUAAUUGUUGUAGUUACUAUUAUUACUGUAGCGUGUAAUAGGUCCACGUGUUUUUUUUCUACGAAUUACUAUUAUUUUAUUACUUCUCACAAAUUGGACUGAGAUGAGGAGGUGAUAGCAGUACUAUUAUGCAUAAUACAUUCGUUGAACGUCAAUCGAAUUAAUUUUUUAGGGUUUAUUCCAUAAAAUAAUGUAUACAUCAGCGAGAUAUUGGCGAAUUCAUGAGCCAAUACCGAUGACUGUAAAUGCGUGGAUGUAUAAAGAGCAUGAUGAUAUGGAAAUAAACAUUGAAUAAAUA